GACUUACAGUUUAAAGCAGUUUCAAAGACGUUGCAAAGACGAUCACAUGCUAUCAGAGAUACGCAAACGAUAAGUGCAAAACAUGGCCAUUUGAGCUUUGUGAAGUGAAGGAGAACCAUGUCUCGCAACAGUUGCAAUAAAAUUUCGGAUUGUUCUCAAGAAUUAUUUCGAAAUGAUCAACAUAGAAAUUUAGCUGAAAGUGAUUCCGAAGGUCAAUCGUUUUCCGACGACGAUUUAGAAGAGUCACAAACAGAGGAAUCUGUAGCUCAAAAUGCUAUCGAGGCGACAGGUUUUGGUAAAUUCAAUUGGAAAAUAUCGAUAUUGGGUGCCUUAAUAUUUAUGAAUGCUGCAAUUAGUAUAAGCAGCGCUAGUUUCAUUAUUCCUGCGGCAGUAUGUGAUUUCCAGUUAAAAACUGUCGAUAAGGGGAGAAUUGUAAUUUUUCCUUUACUCGGAACAUGUUUUGGAUGUUUAAUAUGGGGAUUCAUAGCAGAUUUGAAGGGUCGAAGAAAGACCUUAAUAAUGACUUUACUUCUUCAAGGAAUAUCCGAAGCUUUUGCUUCUUUUAUAAGAAAUUACUGGAUAUUCUUAUUUUUCAAGUUUCUGAGUGGUGUCGCUGUCGCUGGUCAAGUAGCUUUAUUAUUUACAUACAUUGGCGAGUUUCAACCAAAGAAAUUCAGAAAAAGAAUUCUUUCUUGGAUGGAAGCAGCCUGGAUACUUGGAUUGCUUAUUUUACCCAAUUUAGCGUGGAUUAUUCUUCCUCUCCAAUUCGCCUACGAGUCAGAAUACUUUUUCUUUCGAUCUUGGAAUUUUUUUAUUCUAGUAUGUUGCUUGCCAGCAGAAUUGAUUGCAUUGGCAUUAUUUUUUUUCCCGGAAACGCCAAAAUAUCUCGCAGAAACUGGGCAAAAUGUAAAAUUGCUCAAAGUUCUUGGUCGCAUGUAUGAGGAAAACACUGGAAACUCAGCCAAAAAAUAUUAUGAAACUUUAUUAACUGGUGAGGAUGCUGCUCUUGCAAAAAUGGUGGCAUAUUGGAACAACAAGUCCCUCGAGGCGGAAAAGACGUCGAGGAAGAGCAAAAAAUUUAAUGAUAUUAUAAGAAGCUUUAAAGGGCAAGCUAAAAGUAUUUUCAAAUCUUCAGCAUUGCUCAAAAGCAUAAUUGUCGCAUGCAUAGUUGGAUUCUUAGAAUUGUCUUCUUACUAUUCUCUACUACUUUGGUUACCUGAAAUUUUUGAGCGGUUCGCUCAAUUUGAGUCGAAAUUUCCAAAUGAAUCGACAAGCAUUUGUACUGUUUCGAGUCAAUUGUCUCUCAAUACUAGCAUGGAAAUUGAUAUUGAUCCUGCUUCUUGUAGUAGACAUAUAGAUCCUAGUGUUUAUAUCAAUUCAUUAUGGCUAGCAGCUGCCUGUAUUCCAGCAGCUGUAAUUGUGCCACUUUGUGUUGAUCGACUGGGCUUCAAAUUCUUUUUAGUUUUUACCAAUGCGGUGGCUUUCAUCGUGACACUGGGACUAUUUUUGGUAAAAUCUUCAAUUCAGAAUUUAAUACUCUCGUGUCUUUUUGAGUCAAUGACUUCUCUGGCCAUGAGUCUCAUGUAUUGUUUAUUGGUUGUGACUUUCCCAACGAACUGCAGGAUGUUUGCAGGAACGCUUUUAGGAUUUUUUGGUAGAGUUGGGAGUCUUUUAGGAAAUAUGAUGGUCACCUAUCUCAUCGAUGAGCAUUGUGACACAUUAAUUAUUAUAGUUGCAAUUCAACUCUUACUGGCUACAAUACUGAGUUUUAUUAUACGUUGAUGAAUCUUCUGACGGAACGGUCCUAUUCGUCAGACUCGCCACCGAACAAGAAACACGCCAAUACUUCACAAAAAAAUUAUUUUUCUGUUAAUUUUAACUUAUUGUUAAAUAAAUCAAAUCAUUUAGUAAUUUUUAAGUAGUAUACAAAUUUGUAUGUAAGAUGACGCUAAACUUUUUAAUCAAAAACGAUAUGAAUCAUUUAUUACGUAAAAUUCGUCGAAUAAAUUGUUACGCGUGUUUGUCUUGCAUCACUCGCAAAUAGUAUUAUUUCAUAAAUAAUAUUUCGCAUUUUUUUCUAAAAGUUUUAUAUGCAUUUAUAUAGAA